AUGCUCACCUCCAGCCGUCGCUCUCUCCCAUCCAACCCACUGUUGCCAUGUCGACUCGAAGAGAGUAGGGCGGAAGUUAAUAUUGUCGCGCAGGAGUCUAUCAGCCGUACUGCUGGUAACACCGGCGGGAACCACGGCGGGUACAGGCACAGCGCGAGCACCGGCCAAAUCCACCGUGUCACGCCUGGAUUGGACGGCCUAUACGACAAGACGGGAAGAAAGCGGUUUGCUCAUGAAGCCGCGGCGUCGCUUAAGUCCGAGUCGCGAACGAAUGAUAAGUUUAGGGGAGCUACGGUGGACGAGGAGGAGGCGGGCCGAACGAUAGGCCUGACAGACGCGGAAACGGGAGGGGGUAGCACUAAGUUAGAGACGUCUUUAAAACGGGAUGCUCUUAAACGCGAAGCGGAGGAGGCGGUUCUGGCGAUAGACGUGGGCACGGGCGGGACCAAGGCGGCUGUGGUGACGUGGCAUGGCGCUGUCGUGGCUUCUGCGUUCUGGCCGCACGCUCCGCCACGUGGCGCGGAUGAUGACGUGGCGCAGGCGCGGCAGACGGCGGAGCAGGAGCCGUCUGAUUGGUGGAGAGCGGCGGCGGGCGCAGCUGGGGAGUGCCUGGCGCAACUGGAUGGGCGGAAGGGGGGGAGCAGCACAAAGGGGUGGAGGGGGAACUUGGAUGGGCGGAAGGGGAGCAUGGAUGGGCGGAAAAAGGGGAGCAGUGCGGGUGGGGAAGGGGAGCGGGGCGGAGUGAGUGGCGAACGUUUGAGUGCGGUGAGGGUGGUAGGUGUUGCGGUGACCGGUCAGAUGCAAGACGUCAUCCUGCUUCCCCAGGUACCACCUUCCCCAAUUAUCACCUUCCCCAGGUACCACCACCUUCCCCAGGAUUGGUCGCCUAACAGCUGCACUGCCGUCUCCCCUGCCAUUCUUUACUCUGAUGCGCGUGCGACUGUUGAAGCGAGGGAGCGUGCUGGUGAAGCUCCUUUGGCUGCAGCAGCACUGACCGGUUUUCUACUCAAACCCCAAACCUCCACCCUCCUCCCCACUCUCCUCCCCACCCGCCCCCCACCCUCCCCCACGCUCGUGCUGGCGAAGCUCCUGUGGCUGCAGCGUCACCGACCACAAACGCUGAAGGAAUCUUCCUCACUGCUUCUCGGCGCGUGCGUGAAGCUCGGCAUCUCAUAUGCUGCCGACCUGCUGCACUCACUGGGCCUCUCCCAAUGGCUGCCUCUCCUCCCUGAGAUUCUGCCGCCCACCCGACCAUGCGGUCAGUUUGCCGCCCACCUGACCCGACCAUGCGAUCCUGCCUCUGCUGACGUGGCUUCAACAGGCACCUUAUCCGUGGAAGCAGCGGAGCUAAUGGGAGCGCGCCACCUGGCGGGCAUUCCUGUGUUUCACUCGUGUGGAGACCUGGGAGCGUCUGCUGUCGGGUGUGGAUCAGGCGUACCUGGCACGGAGUACAUCUAUCUCGGCACCUCAGGGUGGGUUGCUGGGUCCUUCUCCCUGCAACCACUUUUCCAACCAUCCAACCAGUCACCCAAGAAGUCACCGCUAGCAUCAGUGGUGCAACCGCCUUCGUGGUCUCAGGGCGUGUUCACUCUCGCUCACCCUGACCCUUCUUUGGUCUUCAGAACAGCGCCAAUAAUGACAGCAGGGGGCAAUCUCAAGUGGGCGAUCAGCAACCUCCUUAGCGGUGGCAGCAGCGGCAGCACUGGCAAGUCAUUAUUUGCUGUUAUUAUCACAUGCCAUUCCCCCAAUCACCUUCAACGUCCCCUCCAACCAGACGUCUCAGAUUCUACCUUUCUCAAUGCUGACGUGGCAGCAGCAUCCGUGCCAGCUGGCAGUGGUGGCCUCCUUUACCUUCCGUUUUUAAAUGGCGAGCGGUGUCCAUUUGAGGACCCCAACAUGCGGGCGGCAUUCAUCGGCAUAUCUGCCUCUACCACUCAUUCACACAUGAUACGUGCAGUAUGUCCAGAGCAUGCCCCAUGGUAUGGUUCAAGAGGGAGUGGUAAAUGCACUGCUAUCAGCCAACACCGCCAGCCAAACGUGCAAGACUUCUUUCCACUGCCACUCCUCAUCCCUGCAUUUCCCACUAAUUCCUUCCCCUCCAUCACUCAUCCCCGCAGGUCCAAGAGGGAGUGGCAUAUGCACUGCUCUCCGCCCACACCGCCAUGCACGCACACGGUGGUGGGAGCGGAAGCAACAAUCCCUCUGCUCUGCGCAUUGUUGGUGGUGGCGCUCGGUAUGUCCAUGCAAUGCUGUCACCGUUCCUUCUUUUGA